UUAGAUGAAGCUGAUCGCAUGUUGGAUAUGGGUUUCAUUCACGACAUUAAAAAAAUUAUUGCAUUACUACCAAAGCAACGACAAACAUUAAUGUUCUCUGCGACUUUUUCUAAGUCGAUUAGACAACUUGCAAAAACUUUAGUAAAGAAUCCGACUGAAAUAUCAGUCAGCCCUCGUAACACUGCCGUAGAAAUUAUCGAGCAAUGGGUAUACCCCGUCGAUAAAAGCAAAAAAUCAGCUUUGUUAACUAAGCUAAUCAUUGAUAAUGAAUGGCAGCAAGUAUUGGUUUUUAGCCGAACCAAACACGGCGCUAAUCGCUUAAGCCAUCAAUUAGAAAAAAAAGGCAUUACCGCCUCAGCUAUUCACGGCAAUAAAAGCCAGGGCGCACGAACAAGAGCCCUUGCAGAGUUUAAAGCUGGUGAGAUUCGUGUUUUGGUUGCUACUGACAUUGCGGCGCGUGGUAUUGAUAUCGAUCAAUUACCUCACGUGGUUAAUUUUGAUUUACCCCAUGUCGAAGAAGAUUAC